AUGGAGAUGGGCCUUUUGCUCAAUCGAACCGGCGGCCUUCAGAGGAGAGGUAUUGGGUCUGACUCUGGGUGGCAUGCGCUCACUCGUUGCCCCAUGGUUGUAACUGCUGGAACUUUCUGUCAUAUAAUCUCUAGCACUGCCCAGCUACACCUCAAAACUAAUACAUUAAGAAGUGGAUACGGAGGCGGAUCAAGUGGAGGAAGUGGAUACGGAGGUGGAUCAAGUGGAGGCGGCGGAUACGGAGGUGGAUCAAGUGGAGGAAGUGGAUACGGAGGAGGAUCUAGUGGAGGUGGUUUUGGAGGAGGAAGUGGAUACGGAGGUGGAUCAAGUGGAGGCGGCGGAUACGGAGGUGGAUCAAGUGGAGGCGGCGGAUACGGAGGAUCAAGUGGAAGCAGCGGAUACGGAGGUGGAUCAAGUGUAGGAAGUGGAUACGGAGGUGGAUCAAGUGGAGGAAGUGGAUACGGAGGUGGAUCAAGUGGAGGUGGUUUUGGAGGAGGAAGUGGAUACGGAGGUGGAUCAAGUGGAGGAAGUGGAUACGGAGGAGGAUCAAGUGGAAGCAGCGGAUACGGAGGUGGAUCAAGUGGAGGAAGUGGAUACGGAGGUGGAUCAAGUGGAGGAAGUGGAUACGGAGGUGGAUCAAGUGGAGGUGGUUUUGGAGGAGGAAGUGGAUACGGAGGUGGAUCAAGUGGAGGAAGUGGAUACGGAGGAGGAUCAAGUGGAGGAAGUGGAUACGGAGGUGGAUUUGGAGGCAGUGGACACGGAGGUGGAUUCGGUGGAGGAAGCGGAGGAGGAUACGGAGCCCGUGGUGGAGUAGGAAGUGGAGGUUAUGGAAAAUAGGCGCCAUCGUAAUGUCUUCGUGAACUUCGUCUGUAAUUUUCUUUAAUAAAGAGGUUAUAACAGGAA